AAAUCUUUCAUGCCUUAAGAUGGCCCUAUAGCCGUCACCUCAGGCUUCUCUUUUCUUCAUCUCUGCAUCCCACGUUUCUUGUCACUUUGUGUUGCAUUUUCAUUUGCAUCUAUCUUUCUUUACUUACCUCUUCACAAUUUUAAUAUACAACUGGCUAGUCCAGCUUGCUACUUUUCACGACCCAAAGCGCUAGUCGCCCAUCCACUCUCUUGACGAGACGAGCAUCGCAAUACGAAUCGCAUACUUAAUACCAAAUCGCCUUUACGCAAACGAAUACCACAUACACUAGUCAGCAUGUACUUCUCAACAGCAACUAUCCUCUCCGCCGUCCUCGGCCUCGCGUGCGCACAGGAAUCUUCCAUGUCUAUGUCCAUGGGCUCUGCUACCAAGCCAACUCUCUCGUCAGCAGUACUCGGCAGCGUCUCGACCUCUACGCCGGCUGCAAUGGCAGGCAUGGUCAUGACGCACGUAGUUCAAGUCGGUGGCCCCAACGGAAGCCUGACCUUCUCUCCCUCCAACGUCAAGGCACAGCCCGGAGAUCUUGUCCAGUUCCAAUUCCACCCCAAGAACCACUCCGUCGUCCAAUCCACCUUCGACAACCCAUGCACUCCCAUCCAAAACAUCAUGUCCAACAAGACCGACGCCUUCUUCUCCGGCUUCAUGCCCACCAACGCCUCCUUAACCGCCACAAGCCAAGUUCUCACCUACACCAUCCGCGUCGCAGACGCGAAGCCCGUCUGGUUCUACUGCUCCCAAGGCAAGCAUUGCCAGGCUGGUAUGGUCGGUGCCAUCAACGCUCCCGCAUCCGGCAACAAGACAAUGGAAGCCUUCGUAGCCCUCGCGGCUCAAGCCGCUGAGAACCUGUCCCCUGGCCAGGCAGCUGGCUCUGGUGGCGCUUCAGGAAACACACCCACCUCGCCCUCUGCCGGUGGCGGCGCGAACUCUGGCACCUCUGGCACCUCCGGCGGCGCUGCAGGUGGUGGUGCUAGCGGUACUGCAAGCGGUGCUCCUGCCCAGCAGACUGCCAACACCGCUGCCAGUGGUUUCAGCGCGCAGAGCUUCAUUGGUGCGGCGGCAGCUGCUAUCGCUGCCGCUGUCGCUGUCUUGUAAGGUGGAUCACUCGAAACUUCUUUUUUGUUGGUGUGAUUUCGGGGGGUUCAUCUAUCGUUAUGAAAAUGAACGGGACUGUUGGAGGAAGUAUGCAAGAAUGGCAUUUUCUAGUUUAUGUGAUACCACGUUUAUUUGCAUGACUUGCAUUGAUCCGAGCUGGGCUUUGCAAUCGGGUCUGCGGUCAUUGGCGCUUUUGCUUUGAGAAAUUGGUAGAAAAUAAUGAAGACGAAUAUUGAUUGCUCGU